AUGUCACGCGCCUCCGCCGGCUUUGCAGACUUCUUCCCAACCGCCCCGUCGGUUCUUCAACAGAAGCGCUUCAAAACUUCGCAGGAACGACGAAUCAAACAUGUCGAGGGCGAAGAGGUUUCCGAAGAGAUCCCCGGUUGUCUGGGGGCCGCGGGCUCAAGCGCAUCUGCGACCGUCGAGACCUCGGAAGAUAAGAGGGGAGCUCGCAAUCCUUCAUCCCUCAACGGAGUUGGAUUGAUCAUUUCCGCUAAUGCGAAUGGGUCGGAUGGGGCUGAGCUACCUGCGGCGCCUAUGACGAAUUCGCUCCCAUCACAAAUCGACACCUUGACGCCGCUCACCAACACCGAGUCAUCACCUCCCUGCAAAGUAACUAGUCCAUCGCAGUCCAAGGUGGCAGAUAAAACUUUCACAGGCACUUCUUCACGGCCAAAUCCUGAAUACUUCAAACCUUCCAUCACUCCCAUCCACACUCCUCCCACCCCCAAGUCACAGACACGGCAUGAACAUCGCGUGCGAGGCUGCAAGGCCGUGUACGAUCCCGAUCUGGAUAAGCGAACGUCCUCCAAAGAGAAACGCAAAAAGGCCGAAUACGUCGAUAUCGUCUACGCGCCAGGUGAUUGUCCUCCGGACCCGCGCCUCACAAUCGCCAACUAUACCCGUGGAUCCAGCUGCAAGCAAAAGACAAAGUACCGCCCUGCGCCUUACACUUUAAAACCAUGGUCACACGAUGCGGCGAGCAUAGGCCCAGGGCCACCGGUCCAGGUGGUGGCCACCGGAUUCGACCCUUUGACCCCAAUUGCUCCGAUCAGUGCGCUUUUCUCGAGCUUUGGAGACGUUGCUGAGAUCAAAAAUCGCACAGAUCCGAUCACUGGCCGGUUUCUCGGGAUCUGCUCCAUCAAGUACAAGGAUAGCGCCUCAUCCCGGGGAGGUGGCCCCGUUUCAGCAUCCAACGCCGCAAGGCGUGCAUAUCUCGAAUGCAAAAAGGAACAACGAAUUGGAACACGCAGGAUCAGGGUUGAACUGGAUCGUGAUGGCAAAAUCUCGGACAGGAUGGCCGCCAAGGCGGUCGAAUCUCAAAGAUCGGCCUCUAAAAGUAACAGUCAGGCUGCCGGCGAACCGAGACAGGAUACUCAGAUGAAGAAAAGCGAGCCGCCACCCACCGCACCCAAGGGCCCUUCAGGCCGGUCCUCGAUGCGCCCCGGGGUCGUCAUUCCAGAAGGACCCAGGGCCGGUGUUCGAUCCCCCGUCGUACAGUCCCUAGUAGAGGAGACUGCCAUAUUGAGUCAGAUCAAGCGCGAUCCAUAUAUCUUCAUUGCCCACUGCUAUGUCCCAGUUCUCAGCACAACGGUUCCGCACUUGAGAAAGAGGCUCAGACUCUUUGGCUACAAGCACAUUCGUUGUGACAAAACCGGUUAUUAUAUUAUCUUUGAGAACUCACGGCGGGGUGAAGAGGAAACGGAGCGAUGCCACCGACAGUGUCACAUGCAGCCCUUGUUUACAUAUAUCAUGAACAUGGAGAGCCAACCUUACGGGAAUCCUAACUACGAGCGAAGUCCGAGCCCCGAACGUCUGCGAGCUGAUCGGCGAGACAAGGCGGAAAAAGAAAGGGCAAGGAAAGAAGCCGAUUUGGAUAUCGAGGAAGAGAAAAAGCAGCGAGCAAUCUUCUUGGACCCAUGUCGGGAAGUGCUGUCUAUCAUUAUCCGCGAUCUAAGGGACAAGCUUCUCGAGGACGUCAAGUCACGCAUAGCCGCCCCGGCUCUAUAUGACUAUCUGGAACCGAGCAGGCAUGCGCCUAAAAGGGAGAAGCUGGGUAUUCCGGAACCCGAAGGUACCAAACGGUCCGUUUUCCGGAUUGACAGUGCUAUUGGCACCCCUGACUCUCGACCUGAACUUUCUGGUGGACGAGACCCUCUCCGGUCAUCAUCAGGUCUUAAUGUUCUUGCUCUUCCUCGGAUUCGGAAAGCUCAUGGUCUUGACCGUGUCGGUGCUGCCUUCUUGGACGAACGACGAAGACAACCAUUAAGAAAGAAAGAAGUCCGACCCUUGUAUCAUCGCUUACAGCAAUUACAUGAUGAUGAGGACUCGGAUGACGAUCAGCGCACUCCUGUUGCUAGGGAUGUUGAUGAACGAGACAGUCGACCACCUAGCCGCGCAAGCUGUGCAUCAUCGGAGUUUGAACAAGACAACGAUUACCAGUCGGACGAUUUGAGAUCAUUGCAAGGAAGCGAAGACCACGUCGCACCAGCUGCCAAAAAUGAUCUUGAGAGUCUCCCCAAUGAUCUGGAUGACUUGUCCCCUCGGUCUCGCAAGAGAAAACGGUUGACUGGGGAAAACGACGCACGCAAGAGGCAGCGACAGGAUGAUGAGCUAUUCGGAAUUGACUCAGAUAAACAUGGGUACAAACAUACGGACAUCGAUCCGGAGACAUCGGCCACUGUUGGUGACGAUCUCACGGCGGUUGACGGCAAAAUCAUCGCCAAUGAACCCAAAGAUCAAAUCAUCGAACACAUUCCGAGCAAGGACUUCGAGCGCGAUGACCUGUCUGUCAGCGAAGCAUACAAAUUGGAAUCUAUCAACAAACCAAAGACAGAGAUUGAAUGGGGCGUGUCUAGGGAUGAGCCCCGUGCAACAGUUGAAGAUGAUGAAAAUAUCGUUCUCGAUUUGGAUGGCUGGCAGCAUCUGGUGAAGGACGAUGAAGAUUUGCGGUUCCUGCGGGAGAUUCUACUGGAUCAAUCGGAAUCUAGUAUUGGAAACCUCGCCGCGUGGGGUUGGAAACAAAAGGAGAUCAAGACCCUCAACGGCCUGGAACCCGGGACUACACAAGAUGCCAUUAGUAUUUCUGGCUAUUACGUUCCAAACCUUUCCGGGGCUGCUCGGACAGAAGGGCGAAAGAGGAUUCUUGAGGCAGAAAAGUCCAAAUACCUGCCUCACCGUAUCAAAGUCCAAAAGGCUCGAGAAGAGCGCGAAGCCAACGCCAAAGCAGAUCCCCAGGCAGCAGCAGCAGAAGCUGCCAGAAUCGCUGCCGCCAAAACCAUAUCCAAAUCGACGUCACGGUCGACACGAGUCAAUAAUCGUCGACUCAUUGCAGACAUCAAUGCGCAAAAGCAAGCUCUUCCCACUUCAAGUGGCGAAGGAGAUGUUCUUCGUUUCAACCAGCUCAAAAAACGCAAGAAGCCCGUCCGUUUCGCUCGCUCUGCGAUUCACAAUUGGGGCUUGUAUGCCGAAGAGAAUAUCACUGCUAACGACAUGAUCAUCGAGUACGUCGGCGAAAAAGUACGUCAACAAGUCGCCGAUAUGAGAGAAAGGCGAUACUUGAAAAGUGGUAUUGGCAGCAGCUACCUCUUCCGUAUUGAUGAGAACACCGUGAUUGAUGCCACCAAGAGAGGAGGAAUUGCACGUUUCAUCAACCACAGCUGUACACCAAACUGCACUGCGAAAAUCAUCAAAGUAGACGGCAGUAAACGAAUUGUGAUAUAUGCGCUCAGGGACAUCGAAAGAGAUGAGGAGCUCACCUACGAUUACAAAUUCGAAAGAGAAUGGGACAGCGAUGACCGCAUUCCCUGUCUCUGUGGUUCAACAGGCUGCAAGGGAUUCUUGAACUAG